CUACUCGACCUCGGCGCAGACAUCGAGCAGCGCGACAAGUACGGGCUCACGCCGCUGCACACUGCAGCUCUAUCCGGUCGCCUCGAGGCCGCGCGCAAGCUCAUCGCACGGGGGGCGGACAUGGCCACGCGGUUCGAGCAGUACUCUCCGAUACAUACCGCUGCUAUGAACGGAAUCCAAGACGUUGUUGCCCUCCUUCUUGACAGCGGAGUGCCUAUGGACGACCCCAGCGCCUAUGGCAGCACAGCGCUGCACAUUGCAGCAGAGAACGGGCAUAUUGAGCUCGUACGUAUGCUCCUGUCUCGAGGGGCAGAGCUCGAUGUCCGCGAGCGCAGGCAUGCCACACCA